UGCGGUGGCUACGAGCCGGCCAUUACCGGGAAAAAUAGAAGAAGGUUUGAGGCUGUUGUCCAUUUUGGAUCGAGUGCAGCGUGAAAGUGUUACUUGGACCACGUCUGCCCCUCAAAGUAUUGCUUUGAGAAUAUCUCCUUGUGAAGACCCUUCCGUAAUAUCCACCAACAAGCACGUACACGCCGUGUAAAAGUUUCACUCCGUGGAAGGAAGGCCUGACUGGAGCAUCAUGAGUUACGGAAGGCCUCCGCCCGACGUCGACGGCAUGACUUCUCUCAAAGUGGACAACCUGACGUACAGAACCACGCCCGAAACUCUGCGACACGUCUUCGAGAAGUACGGCCGGGUCGGGGACGUCUACAUCCCCCGGGACCGCUACUCCAAAGACAGCCGGGGUUUCGCCUUUGUCCGCUUCCACGACAAGCUGGACGCUGAGGACGCCAUGGAUGCCAUGGACGGCGCGCUCUUGGACGGCCGCGAGCUGCGGGUUCAAAUGGCUCGCUACGGCCGACCCCCCGACUCACAUCAAGGGGGCUCCAGUCGCCGUGGCGGACCCCCCAGGAGAUACGGGGGCUCCGGUCGCCGAAGCAGAAGCCCGAGACCCAGGAGACGAAGCAGGUCCCGCAGCAGAUCCCGCUCUCGUUCCCGAGGCCGAUCCCGCUACAGCAGAUCCCGCUCCAGGUCUUACUCCAGAUCCAAGUCCCGCUCCCCCAGGAACAAGAAGACCAAUGCCAAGUUCCGGUCCAAAUCCCGGUCCAAGUCUGUCAGCCGCAGCCCCUCUCCCAAAAGAGUGUCCAGGUCCAGGUCCAAAAGCCCCCCCAAUUGGUCAGCGGAAAAUGGAGGAAACUCUCCAUAGUAGGUUGGCCGCAUAUAACGGGACGCCAUGCUGUCGUGAUCAUACAGCUGAUGUGUCCCUAUGUCUUCAGGUGUGGACGUUGGAGAAGACACGCUCACUCCCUGACAAGGUUGUCCUUGCUCCAGUCCUUGAUUCCGACGUCUUUAUCCCCCUUCGAUUUUAAACAUCUGCUCUCAAGUGAGCGUGCUCGUGCGGCAGGGACACUUUUUAGCAGUUCCACUUCCUGUCCAGGCUGCACACAAAGCCAAGGGCGUUGGCGUGAUUUAAAACUUCAUACUAGACAAAACAGCUACACAAUUUUUUUUUUUUUAUGUUGAUCCGUAACGCACGAUUCAGUUUAGUUUCCGUGCCAUAGGCGCACUCGAGUAGCAGUCGUUGCGUGGCCUUCAAGGUGCCACACCUUUUUUGUAUAAGGACUUGUUUGCUUUUCAUUAAAGAUUUUCUCAA